CCUCCCUUCCGGGUGGCGGCGAGGAGAGCGGGCCGCGGCGGGAGCCGCCAUGAGCGACGUGGUGGAGCGGACGCUGAGCGUGCUGCCCGGGCUGCUGGGGCAGCACGACCCGGGCGUUGGGCCGGGGGGCGCCGGCGGCCCUGGCAGGGUUUCGGCCACCUCCCGGCUCGGGAGCCUCAUCCGGAGCAUCACGGCGCUCACCUCCAAGCAUGAAGAAGAAAAAUUAAUCCAGCAGGAACUAACCAGUUUGAAAGCAACAGUUUCGGCCCCCACCACAACACUUAGACUGAUGAAAGAAUGUAUGGUGAGACUCAUCUAUUGUGAAAUGCUAGGGUACGAGUCUUCCUUUGGAUAUAUCCAUGCAAUCAAGCUUGCCCAGCAAGGAAAUCUUUUGGAGAAAAGAGUUGGUUAUUUGGCAGUUUCUUUAUUUCUACAUGAAAAUCAUGAACUGCUACUUCUACUUGUGAACACAGUUGUGAAGGACUUACAGAGCACUAAUCUAGUAGAGGUGUGCAUGGCAUUAACCAUUGUCAGCCAGAUCUUUCCACGGGAGAUGAUUCCAGCUGUUCUUCCCCUAAUAGAAGACAAGCUCCAGCAUUCUAAGGAAAUCAUCCGAAGAAAAGCUGUUCAAGCUUUAUAUAAAUUCUAUCUCAUUGCUCCUAAUCAAGUUCAGCAUAUUCAUGAUAAGUUCCGGAAAGCCUUAUGUGACAGGGAUGCUGGAGUCAUGGCGGCUUCUUUGCAUAUUUAUCUUCAAAUGAUUAAGGAAAACUCAUCUGGAUACAAGGACUUGACUGGGAGUUUUGUAACCAUCCUAAAGCAGGUAGUGGGAGGGAAGCUCCCUAUUGACUUCAACUAUCACAGUGUGCCAGCACCAUGGUUACAAAUUCAGCUUUUAAGAAUAUUGGGGCUGUUAGGAAAAGAUGAUCCAAGGACAAGUGAAUUGAUGUAUGAUGUUCUAGAUGAAUCUUUAAGAAGAGCAGAGAUAAAUCAUAAUAUUACAUAUGCCAUCUUGUUUGAAUGUGUCCAGACAAUUUAUACAAUUUAUCCCAAAUCUGAACUACUUGAAAAGGCUGCCAAGUGCAUUGGAAAAUUUGUUUUGUCACCCAAAAUUAAUUUGAAAUACUUAGGUUUAAAGGCUCUGACCUAUGUUAUCCAGCAGGAUCCUAAUCUGGCACUUCAGCACCAGAUGACAAUAAUUGAAUGUCUGGACCAUCCAGAUCCCAUUAUUAAAAGGGAGACUUUGGAGCUUCUCUAUAGAAUUACAAAUGGACAGAAUGUAAUUGUCAUAGUUCAGAAGAUGCUUGACUACUUAAAAGAAAGCAAAGAAGAAUAUGCUAUCAUCAACUUAGUUGGCAAAAUAGCAGAACUAGCUGAGAAAUAUGCCCCUGACAAUGAGUGGUUCAUCCAAACAAUGAAUGCCGUGUUUUCAGUUGGAGGUGAUGUUGUGCAUCCUGAUAUCCCAAACAACUUUCUGAGGCUGUUGGCUGAAGGAUUUGAUGACAGAAAAGAAGAUGAUCAGCUACGGAUGUAUGCAGUACAGUCUUAUUUAGCAUUACUUGAAGAGGAAGAUGCAUUGUAUCCACAGAAAUUCCUUCAAGUUAUGAGUUGGGUGUUGGGUGAAUAUUCCAGCCUUGUUACAGAUGUUGAUCCAGAAGUUAUUUUGACAAAGCUACACAGCCUGCUGAAGAAGACUGUUAUUACUUCCGAAACUAAAAUGUGGAUAAUGGCUGCAGUCACCAAGAUAGCAUCACAUACCUCCUGUUCGAAAAUAGUUGACAGACUAAUCCAGGAAUUCAGCAACUCUCUAGAUACCUGCAUGAGACAAUAUGCCUUUGAAUUGAAGCAUCUGUGUGAAGACAAAGCACUGAUGAGAAACUUGCUUCCAUUUGAUGGUAGUUGCAAUGACAUGGUGGUAGAUGCUUCCUUAUCUUUUCUGGAUGGAUUUGUGGCUGAGGGACUUGGUCGUGGUGCAGCACCAUAUAAGCCUCAUCACCAGAGGCAAGAGGAGAAACUUUCUCAGGAAAAAGCUCUGAAUUUUGAACCUUACGGAUUGUCAUUUGUUUCAAGUGUGUCCUCAUCUGGUGUCACCGGCAGACAGUCCCCCACUGGUUUAUCUUUUGGUUCUGAUACAUCUGGUAAUAGUGCUGAGACAGGGCAUAAAGAGACAAAUACUCUGAAACUUGAGGGAGUACGCAGGCUAUGGGGAAAAGAAGGCUAUCUUCCAAAGAAAGAAAAUAAAGUAGGGAAAGAAAAUGAGCCACAAACUGUUUCUUGUGGCAGCUUAUUAGGAGGACAGGUGGGUGAUCCUCCUGCAUUGCGGUCUGAUCAAGUUGCCAGCCUCUCUGAGGAAGACAAAGAGAAGCAGCAGUUAGCAUCAACUUUGUUUAUUGGGCUAGGAUCAAAUGCUGGUGUAAGUCUGAUGGGGAAAGCGGACACAGCUACUCAGAAGUUCAAAAGAAAAUCAAAGAUAAAUGAAACUCAAAGUAGUGAGGAGGCAUCAGACUUCCAAAAUAGUGCUGCUUCAGAUUUUGGUCCCUUACUUGAUACGGUACCUAUUAACAUGGAAGACUGUGAGGGAGAUAUACGCACAAGGUUAAGGAAAGCCUCCCUGUGUUCUUCAGAUAUUGUAGAAGAUAAUUUAGCAUUUGAAACACCUCAGUCCCUAAAAAAGUCUGGGCUGGACGACAGACUUCCGGAUAGUAGGCUGUCACAGUCGUCUUUGUUUGCUGACAGUAAUAUUGAAAUUUUUCAGCCUUCUCAAAAUGCUCAAUGUGAAAGUGCCAGUAAAACACCAUUGGUCCCUUGCUUAUCAGAAGAGCUAGAAGAGCUCACUCACUCUGAAGUAGUGGAACUUUGUCAGAGUGAUGCCUUAGCUCUGUAUUUAUGUAAGGUGUGGACAGAUGACUCUCUGUUGCUCGUUGUCUUUGUUUCAAAUAAAACCACUUCUGCACUUAAUGCUGUGAACUUAGUGUUUGAAGAAGCAGAACAUUUUCAGAUUUUGGAGAGUACCGCCUACCAGUUUCCUGUAAUUGAAGCUCAAAAUGUGGAAUGUUGCCAGAAACGUGUGUGGAUGGACAAAAUCUGUACACAGGGAAUUCUUUCUGGCUCUGUUAAUUACCAGUCAGAGAUGGAAACUCGCCUUGAAUUUUCAAUAACUUUAUCAUUGGUGGACUUCAUCAGGCCAAUGGAAAUGACUACAGAAGACUUUGGGAAGCUGUGGUUGUCCCUUUCCAAUGAUGUGAAACAGAAUAUAAGAAUGUCAUCUUCUCAAGAUAGCCUUCCAGCAGCUCUAAGUACACUGCAACAGAAGCUGAAGCUCCAUAUAGUUGACAUCAUAGGUAACGAGGGAAUACUGGCAUGCCAGCUACUUCCAUCUGUGCCCUGUCUGCUGCACUGUCGUACUCACUCAGGGAUGCUGGCUUUGUGGUUCAGAUCGCCUUGUUCUGCCCUUCCAGAUGGUUUGCUUUAUCAGUGUCAAAAGGUGAUGGAGGAAUCAUAGUAACAGCAGUGCCUGCCUUAAUCUGCGUGGUGUGUGAAAAGCAAAUCAAAGAUUUUUACAGUUGCACAGAUAAUUACCAAAGCUAAAUUAAGAUACUGCUUCUCAAAAGUAUUAAAAGUUUUCUUCCAGCUGGCAUAUGUCAUGUGGACUUGUGGGGGAAGAAUGAUAACCUAAAUUAUGCCUGCAAAAACAUGCUCAGGACUGUACAGUGACUAACAAGUAAUCCAUUAAAGUAUUGUUACCUGUUUAAGUGAAAUGUAUAUUUCUUAAUUUUGUUGUAAAUGACUGAAAGUAUUUAUUUUUAUUAUGCAGCUUUUAUAGAUGCCAACAAUUAUUCUUCAUAGCAACUACUUAAAUAUGAUUUUAAAGAAAACAUAUCUCCAUUGUGAUGUCAGGCUUGAUCAGUUAUCAGGACCAUCUAAUUUUAUUUUGAUAAUUUUUCUAAAGCUAUUUUUAAGCACUGCUGGCAACGAGACCCGUAUUGGUGGUUGUAUAAAGCAACUUAUGUGGCAAAGAAUGCAUGUUUUGAAAACAGUUAAAAGAUUUUUAGUGAGCAACGCACUUCCCGUGAUCUUUGAUAUUUACCAUUUAAGUGGUAACAUCUAAAUAGGUUUUUGAUAGGAGGCAGGCAUGCGAAAUCAUAUGGAAGCGCCUGCUGGGGAAUGAUCUAAGUCCCUUCAGAUUAUUUCCUGUCUGCAGGUCUUCCUGCCUCAUGUUUCAGUCAUGUUCCCUUUCCUUAGGGGUCUCUGACAGUCACUGAAUAUUUGUGCAUGUCUAAAGAUAGGUGUCAUGUGGAUCAAGUCUGAGAUGGCUGAGCUGAAGGUAGUUGGCUGUGGACGUGUCCACUAGCCAACUACCAUCUAGUCAACAUAUUCAUUGCUCUCCAGUCAAUCCUAUAAAUUUAAUCUGGCCAAUACCUCUGUUCAUGAAAAUUCACAUGGAGGAAAUUUUCAUUUAUUUUUACUUCUAAUUAUUUAUAGCCUCAGUAUGACUCUUCAAACCUUUGACUUGUGCAGAUGGGGCUGUAUUGUGUGUCUGUGGCUAGGAACUGCAGUAAGGCAUAAGAGAUCUGAAUCAGAGCAGGAUACAUGAUAAAUGUGUCUGUCUAGAUUGUCUCCUUUUCUUCCUGAAAUAACUUCACAGUCUUGAAAAUCCAGCAAUCUUAAUUUAUUUAGAUGCUAAAUGAAAACUUUAAUACUGUUUAAUAUUAUUUAUAGCUGGUCAUGUUUUUUAUUUAAAAACAUCAAAGAUUGUAUGCAUGGUUCAGACAUGGUAUAAAUGGAUUCUACAGUGGAAUUCUCUCCUUUGUGUUUAAUGUUAACAAGGAAAUUUUUUGUUAUAUUUCAGCAUUAUUGAUUCUCACCUGAUAAGCACUGGUUGUAAAGGAAAAUAAAGUAUUCUGUUACUUUGCUAAUGUUUUGGUAAAUGUUCAUGAAAUCACCAUAAGAAUGUUAAUGUGCUGAUAGGUUUUUUCUUUUUCAUUUUUUUUCCUUUUUUUUUUUUUUUUUAAGUUAAGCCACUUGUGUUAUCACAAGUAUAAUCACAUAAGCAAAGCUCCUUUUUUUUUAUUGCUGUUUCAGUACCCUCUUACUGAGGAAUUUAAAGUGCACUGAACCUGUAAAUAUACUUAAUGUUCUGCAUACUUUAAUGUUUACUUGGCACUUCAAGACAGUUUAUAUAAAUGAAGACUGAUUUAUAGGGAAUAAUUUCCAGCAAACUAUUUCCCUGCUGGUAAAUCAGAGUUGUGUUAGGCAAUUGGACUUUUGUAAUCAUAUGAACUAUAAUAGAAGUAUCUGUUUGUGGCCUAUGCGUUUAAACCACAUCAGCAAUGAGAUGUUCAAUGUCCUAGUGUUUAAAAACAGCAAAAGACAAUAAUGCCUUCUAUUGUUCAUGUAAUGUUCUUUAUAACCAUUUUCACUGUAUGAAUAGUGUAUGUUAAGCUGUCAAUAUGCAGAUUCAAAACGCUUUACGGUAACAUCACAUAAAGGAGUUUGCAGGGAA